GAACAAAUCGAGCAAACCAGAGAGACCGAGUGCGACACUCGCGAGUAACAUGAGCGCAACACAGAACCUCUUCAAGCCCGGAUUGAUGUCCAUGAAAACCAGACAAAAGCCUCGAGCGCUACUAUGAAGUCCUCGAAAGCCGAGUUGGAAAAGGCUUCUCUGAAAGCCAAUGAGCUGGCUCUUGAAAGGACAAAGGUUAAGGAAAAGCUUGAGACUGUCCAGAAAGCGAAGAAAGCCGUAGAGGAGGCGCGCGAUCGAGCUGAUAGCACAGGCAAGAUGGCCGCUGCACGCCUGAGGCUAAUCCUCAUUGACGAAGACGUCAACGAAGCGGAAUUUGAACAGUUUUUGGACUUGCUCGUUGAGAUGUCAAGUAACACUGCAUUGGCUUCCAUCGAGUUCCCUAUGGGUGAAGAAGCGUUCGAGGGAUUGAGCCCACUGCAGGAGUCGGUCCAGUGGGCGAUAUCCUUUUGCUCCUUGGAGCAGACUACUCCAUAUUUGCACCAGAGUCUGGACUUGCAUGUUCUCAGUCGCAAGCCUGAAACCACAGAGCCAACAGUUGUUCGCCAUGCUCGAGGCGCUCUCUGCCAGAGUCGAAGAGCUCGAUGCCCACAAGCGGUACGAUCUACAGAACUUUUGACAGAUUGCUUGCUCGACAGUCUGUGACUGAGCGCGAGAUCAUCGUUCAAGCAAGGAUCAUGGAGAUUAUCAUGUUCGCUUCAACCCUUGCAAUGACUACCUGGAAGAACUUCAGAUCCUUCUACGACAGGUGGCUCAAGGGGUACGGUGGAAACAUGGGCACUCUUGUUGCUUCGUAAGCUCUAUGGUUCGUAGCUCUGACCAAAGGAGUGGUCACCUCACAGAGGGACUGCAUGAUCGAGAGAAUCAAUCAUAGAGAAAUCCGCCUUGGCGACAUCAUCGUGGAGAGAAACACCGAAAGAGCAAUGUUGGGUAACAUCCGCUCAUUCGGAAAGCUUCAGUGCAUUAUCGACGAGCCACAAAAGUAGCAAAUUGCUGUUUUCGCAACUACGGAUGAGGGGGUUGACUAUAGCUCGACGACUUGU